AUGUCUGGUUACCUUGAAGUGAAAUAUCCGUUUAGAUCGAACCUUGGUUUGAAUCCUUUCAAGUCUUGGAAGAGACAAUGGUGUAUAUUGCGGCCGAGUCCCACGACUGUGGGAGGUUCUCUGGCCGUGUAUUGCAGCGAGGCUGGGGCUGCGGCGGGCACUGUUGAGUUGCGUUCAGGUUGCACUGUAAAACGUGCCAAGUCCCGUACAAGGCCCCACGCUUUCGCUGUGUUUUCCGUCGGAGAACCCUGCAAGCCUCGCAUCCUGUUGGCGGCACAGACUCUGCAGGAAGCCCAACAGUGGAUGGACAAAAUUCGUGACUUAUUGAACGGCGAGAAAUUAUUAGGCACGGAAACAUUAUUAAAAGAUUCCUAUAUGGUGACAAUCAUACCCACCACUUUCUCUGAUAAGUGCGGUAUAACAAACGAAUGUCAAGUGACAUUGUCUCCCAACGGCCUCAAGUUUAGCUGUCCGCCGACCGACACAGUUAUACACUGGCAGAACAUUACAGAGGUUCUGCAUACAAGAGAAACCGGGGACAAGAAUAGAAUAUGUAUCCUUAAUGUUCAUAGUGAGUCUGACGGCGGUGGGUGUGUGCGCAUGCGCGGCGCCGCGGCCGGCGAAUUGGCGGGAGCGGUCCGUGGGGCGUUGAGGGAUCGCGCGCGAACGAGGCUCAGUCGCAGCCAGCCAGAACUGACCUCUGCGUGUCUUAACACAGCUGAAAUCCGCCGCAGCAGUUGGUACAGCGGGCCUUCGGAAAUAUCACUAGACGACACAGACCUCAUAAUGUCCAAGGAGGCUCAACACAUUCCGUCAAGCCAACUGUCUCGUUGUAGUGGCGCUGGCGACCUCGCCUCCCGCGCACGAAGACUCCUUAGGACCUCGCCCGAUGACAGUGUGAGUUCCCGUUCCCUGGCGUCCUUAACUUCCUUAGUGUCGUGUUCUUCGGGCGUUUAUGAAGAGAUAGCUGAGGAGGAACACACUUACGAGGCGGUGGGGCUGUACGGAACCGCGCGACGACCGAAGAGACACCCGCCCCCCCUGCCGCCGAGACAACCCUACUGUACUUUAAACCGCGGCCAGUCGUGGCGCGAGGCGGAGAAGGUGACCAGACAUUCCUCACUCGGCUCACUCACACACAAACAGAGACAACACAAGACAUUUAAUGUCUUUAGAAAAAGACUGAAGAGCGACUCCCGUAUAGCGACGUCACCGAAAUCAGAGACCAAAGACAAGGACGUGGACACGAAGAAGAAGAAGUUCGACUUCACGCCCACACGAGACAUAUUCAAGAGCUUCAAGGUGAGCCGCAAGAUGAAGAACUUGAAGAUAACGUCCGGCCUCGCCAAGGGAGAGACCAAGAGCUGCGAAUUCUUGGACGAGGCGACCCACGUGAAAGAUAAUAGGUGUUCCAAGUCCGUGGAGUGUUUGGAAGACACGUACGAGUUCCUCGACGACUACCGCCCCAACCUGGCGCUGCCUGGAACAGAGGACGCGCUCGCUCUACCGCAGGAGAUCCUCGAACUCAUACUACGGGGCCCAGACCUCACAGUCAGGUUGAAAGACACUCAGUGUGAGAGCGACUACGUGCCCAUGUCGCCCAUAGUGCCCAUACUGCCCAUCGUCCCACCGCCCAUGGAACAUCACUACAUGGUGAUGUCGCCCCGCACUAAUAUAGCUUGA